AUGUUCCUCAUUCCCUCAAAGUUUCGCCGGGAGACGCAAGAAACGGAACCCGGCCUGCCCCGACGGCAGGAAGAGGGAUUGGCAGUGAAAAUUCAAGACAGAGACGACGAGGACGAAAUCAUAGUAGAAUGGGAGGGCAAAAAUGACCCGGAAAAUCCUCAGAACUGGUCUACACAUUUCAAAUCAUGGAUCACCUUUCAACUGAGCUUGUUGGCGUUUGCCGCCAGUCUGGCCUCGAGCAUUAUCUCCCCGGCAAAUGGAACGAUAGCAGAAUACGUCGGUGUUAGCCAGAAUGUGGUGGUCCUCAAUGUUUCUCUUUACAUUAUUGGGUUUGCAUUUGGUCCUCUAUUAUGGGCUCCUAUUUCAGAGAUAUGGGGCCGGCGCGUAUCAAUGCUGCCGCCCAUGACAUGUCUAGGACUUUUCUCCAUUGGAACAGCAACUAGUCAAAACGCCCAGUCGAUCUUCAUCAAUCGUUUUUUCGGUGGUCUCUUUGGCUCUGCUGCCGUCAGUAAUGUGAAUGCUGCUCUAGGAAAUAUCUGGUCACGAGAAGCUCGAGGAACCGCUGUUACAUUAUACGCCGUCUGUGUCGUCGGAGGCCCGACUAUUGGACCAACGACAGGAGCAGCCAUUCUCACCAACCCUCAUCUUGGAUGGCGAUGGACAGAGUACAUGACAGCAAUCACCAGUUUUGCAGUGGUGGGACUAACAUAUUUCUGCAUGCCAGAGAUGUAUCCUCCCGUGCUGCUGAAGUGGAAGGCCCAAAGACUGCGGAAGGAAACCGGGAAUCAAAGGCUCUACCAUCCUCACGAAAGACUCAAACUCGAUCUCAAAUCAAUCAUCACCAAGCAACUUUCGCGACCUUUGAUGAUGUUGUUCACCGAGCCCAUGGUCACUUGCAUAGCAUUCUACGCAUCUUUUGUCUAUGCAAUACUUUAUCUCACGCUGGAAGUCUUUCCCAUUGUAUUUGAAGAACAAAGAGGCUACUCUCCGGUCGUAGCCUCCGUUCCAUUCCUUGGAUUAUUUGUUGGAGUGUUAUGUGCUCUUGUCAUCAAUCUUGGAAACCAGCCACGAUAUAUUCGAAAAUGUCGCGCUGCAAAUGGAAGACCUGUUCCUGAAGCAAGGCUGCCUCCUCUCGCCAUCGGUGCUGUUCUCAUGGUAGCAGGCUUAUUUUGGUUUGGAUGGACUAGUGAUCCAAAAGACUCCUGGGUACUUCCAUCACUUGCCGCGGUAUUCAUUGGUGCGGGCUUCAAUACGAUAUUUCAGCAAUGUAUCAAUUACCUUGUUGACGUUUACGGUCUUUAUGCCGCCAGCGCCACAGCAGCCAAUACUUUCCUCCGCAGUAUCAUGGCCGCCGGUUUGCCUCUCGCAGCACGACCAAUGUCUCAUCAGCUUGGAGUCGGACCCGCAAUGUCCAUACUUGGAGCUAUCGCAGCAACCAUGCUUCCUGUACCGGUCUUGCUUAUGAAAUACGGCCUCGCUCUAAGGAAACGAUCCACUUUCGCCCCAGUAUCGGAUGAUUGA